GACCGCUGGACGAAGGAAGUAAACGAUAGACUCUUGCCUUUGAAGGAGCAAAAGAAAAGCCAUAAAGAGAUCGUCAAGACGCUGAAGACCGAAUUCCCGUUCCUGGACGACCUGAACGAGAACAUUCUUGCGAAGAGGAUUGCUAGCCUCCGUGAAGCCGCCGCUGACCCGAUCAAACUGGACAAGUCGAUCAACAGACUCAUGCCCGCCGCAAUCCCACUGGUAGCGAGCGAGUUCUUCAAGUUGGCCGAAGAGCAUGGCUUCUCCGAGAAUGUUAACCGCAAGCGGGAGGACAUCGAGAUCAGGAUGAGGGCAUGGUACAAGGCAAUGGUGCAGUCGCUGAUCCUGGACAUGAAGAGG